AAAUGUCCAGAUUUUGGGAAUACACAAUCACACUCCAAUCUCUAAUGACAAAUCCAAUUUUGUCGUUUUGGGAACAAAGAAAACAAAUUCCCAUACUAAUGCUCAGUCGUAUUAUUACAGAUUUCCACUCUUGACCAAACCACACGCUCCUCUUUUGUUUCUAUUUCUAAAUUUUCUUUACUCUCCUUUUUUAUUUCCUUUCAAAAUGACUCAGUCUUUGGUCCUCAAAUAUUACCCUCUCAAAACCGCGUUCAUCCCUUUCUUUUCUUCUUCAAAACCAAAUCCCACCUUAAAAAUGGCCAAAAUUCAUCACCUGCUAUAAUCUCAUACUCAUCACCAACCAAUAUGAAAUUAUCAAAUCCCAAUACCCAUUUCUAUGGCUUUUCUUUUUACCAAUAAAACUACUCUUUCUUUCCUCUUAUUCAUUUUCUUUUCUUCUUCUGUUUUUCCUUCCAUUUUUUCUCUCUCGACUGUUGCAAUAUCUCAGACUUCUAAUCAGACAUUGGUGUGCGCAUUGGACACGCGAUCUUAUCUAAAUUGUUCAAGUUUCCCGGCCGGAAUUCAAGUACCGGCCUUUAACUCUAAUUUUUCUUAUUCCGGGUUAGUUGCCGGAAAUGGGUUUCUUUGUGGUAUACUAUCUUUCUCAUCCUCACCUAACUCAACUAUAGUUUGUUGGAGAUUCUCUAACAACGGUACUAAAUAUAAAAGAAUAUAUCAAGGCCCAGUCAUUAGAGAGCUUAAAGCUAGUUAUUCUCAUAUAUGUGGCUUAGUUAAUGCCACUGGUAGCCUCCGAUGCUGGCAAUGGAGGAAUUUUGACGCUAGCUUAUAUCAAGCCUCGAAUUUUUCGAAAAUUGCAGUUGGGGAAGAUUUUAUUUGUGGGUUAUCUUCUGGGAGAAUUAAUUGCACAAAUAUUGGUAGUUCUAGGUUUCUUGGCCAAGUACCUAAUAAUGGGAAUUAUAAUAUGAUUGCUGCUGGGUUCAGGCAUGCCUGUGCUAUAACUGAUCGUAAUGAUUUGCAUUGUUGGGGAGCUACAACAAUCGUUUGGCCACCGGAUAAGUUCAUUUCAGUCGCAUUAGGAGGAAACCGUGUUUGUGGUUUGAGGAUUAAUGAAACAGUAGUUUGUUGGGGGCAGGAUAGUUUCAGCUUGCAAGAAAGCUUGAGAGAGAGUCUUUUUCUUAGUAUUGAAGCGAAAAGGGAUGUUUUUUGCGGAGUUCUGAAAGCGAAUUUUUCUUUGGUUUGCUGGGGAAAUGAGAUUUUGAACACUAAUUUAAUAGUGUUUGAUGAAGUAAUGCCUGGACCUUGUAGAAAUGACUGUCCUUGUGGUAUAUUAGCAGGAACUGGAAACAUUUGCUCACGAGGAUCUAUUUGUGAGUAUUGUGAUGCUAAUGCUAAUAAUCCACCUGUAGUUUCACCAUCAUUUCCACCAUCUUUGCCCCCAUCUCCACCUCCACCUCCACCCGGAGGAUCAUCAUCAGGAAGCAGUAAAUGGAGUAACAAGAUGAUUGCUUUUCUUGUAGUAGGUUGUGUGGGAUCUUCAGCAUUGAUACUAUCAAUUUCUUUCUUUCUUUUUAUAUACUGCAAGUUUAGAGGCAGUCGAAUCCAUGAUUCAGGCCGGUUGGAUGACACUGGAGCACCCCUCGAAGAAGGUAUAAGACAACAGCAACAGCAACCGCAGCAGCAACAACAAGUAGUACUAGAAAAGCGUCUUAGCCAAUUAGCUAGCAUGGGAAAUGCUGGCCAUUUAGAAGAGUUCUCUUUGCAAAUACUACUUGAAGCAACAAACAACUUCUCUGAAGAUAAUAAAGUUGGAACAGGCAGUUUCGGUUCAGUUUAUCGUGGAAUAUUAGACGAAGGACGAGAAAUAGCUAUCAAAAGAGCAGAAACAUCAACCACAUUUAAUUCCUAUGCAGUGGGAACCAAGCGGCAAGAAGACAAAGACGAUGCAUUCAUUAAUGAACUCGAAUCUUUAUCUCGUCUCCACCACAAAAACCUCGUACGACUACUGGGUUUCUGCGAAGAGAGUAACGAACGAGUGUUAGUCUACGAGUACAUGAGCAAUGGCACACUUCAUGACCAUUUACACAAACUACAAAAUUCACCACUAAUCACUUGGCCUGCACGUAUCAAAGUAGCUCUAGACGCAGCUAGAGGAAUCGAAUACCUCCAUGAGUAUGCAGUGCCAUCGAUAAUCCAUCGAGAUAUAAAGUCCUCAAACAUUCUUUUAGACUCCUCAUGGACUGCUAAAGUUUCAGACUUUGGACUCUCAUUAAUGGGUCCUGACGAUGAAGAAUCCCACCUAUCCCUGCGCGCAGCAGGAACAGUAGGUUAUAUGGAUCCAGAGUACUACAGACUUCAACAACUUACAACAAAGAGCGAUGUGUACAGCUUUGGGGUAGUGUUACUGGAGCUAUUAUCAGGGUACAAAGCAAUUCACAAGAAUGAAAAUGGAGUUCCAAGAAAUGUGGUUGACUUUGUAGUACCAUACAUUGUACAAGAUGAGAUACAUAGAAUUUUGGACAAGAGAGCACCGGCUCCAACACCGUUUGAAAUAGAGGCGGUGGCUUACGUAGGAUAUUUGGCGGCGGAUUGUGUGACGUUAGAAGGCCGAGAUCGGCCGUCGAUGACGGAGAUUGUAAAUAGCUUAGAAAGAGCAUUGGCUGCUUGUUUGGUGAACCCCAGUUCGCUUUCGCGUUCGACGACCGGGUCUUCCACAUGACAUAGCCAAUUGAGCUUAAGUGGUUGCUUGGCCGACGGACACGUGUCGUGCAAAAAUUUUUUUUUAAUUUUUAUUUUUUAAGAGUAGACUAAAAUUUUUUUCUCUUAUUUAUUGAUUUGAGCUGGGACGAAAGGCGUAUGAUGUUGUACCUACCACACAAAAGGUGUUCAUUCUGCCUCACAGCUCAUAACCUGUACAUUUAAUUUGGUUUUGAAUUUUUCAUUAAUAUAAAUAUUUUCAUACACAAAA